AUGACCAUCUUCCGCCCUCAUCUCCGGUUUCUCUUCAAACCACACUUCCUCUACUUCCAAUCUCCCACCGGACACUCCAGCAGACCGUUGUCUACCUCUCAGAUACUCCGCACUGCUCUCGAUAUGCCGCCACCACCGGUUGACACGACCCAGCGUCUCGCAAAGCUGCGAGAGCUGAUGGCUCAGAACAAGGUCGAUGUAUAUAUUGUGCCUUCGGAAGACAGCCAUCAGUCGGAGUACAUUGCUCCAUGUGAUGGGCGUCGAGCUUUCAUAUCCAGCUUCACUGGCUCGGCAGGAUGUGCCAUCGUCUCUAUGAGUAAAGCUGCUCUGUCUACAGACGGCAGAUACUUCAGCCAAGCUGCAAAACAGCUCGAUGCCAACUGGAUCCUGUUGAAGCGAGGUGUCGAGGGUGUCCCAACCUGGGAAGAAUGGACCGCUGAGCAGGCCGAGAACGGCAAGGUUGUGGGUGUUGACCCGUCACUUAUUACGGCAGCGGAUGCACGAAAGCUUUCUCAGACGUUGAAGACCACCGGAGGCUCCUUGGUUGGAAUUGAUCAGAACCUGAUUGAUGCCGUCUGGGGAGAUGAACGUCCUGCACGGCCUGCCAACCAAAUUACGGUACAGCCUGUUGAGCGCGCGGGAAAGUCAUUCGAGGAGAAAGUGGAAGACCUGCGAAAGGAAUUGACUGCGAAGAAGAGGUCUGCUAUGGUUAUUUCCACCUUGGAUGAGAUUGCAUGGCUCUUCAACCUCCGUGGAAGCGAUAUUCCAUAUAACCCCGUCUUUUUCUCGUACGCAAUUGUGACGCCCUCAGUUGCGGAACUCUAUGUCGAUGAGAGCAAGCUGUCUCCAGAAGCCAGAAAACAUCUCGAAGGCAAGGUCGUUCUCAAGCCAUACGAGUCCAUCUUCCAAGCUUCCAAAGUCCUCGCCGAAUCAAAGGCAUCGGCUAGCAGCGGUUCCUCUGGGAAGUUCUUGUUGUCUAACAAGGCUUCGUGGUCUUUGAGCCUCGCCCUCGGUGGGGAACAGAACGUCGUUGAGGUUCGAAGUCCCAUCACUGACGCCAAAGCCAUCAAGAACGAAGUUGAACUGGAAGGAUUCAGAAAAUGCCAUAUCCGAGACGGUGCAGCUCUGAUCGAGUACUUCGCCUGGCUUGAAAAUGCAUUGAUCAAAGAAGGUGCCAAGCUAGACGAAGUAGAUGGAGCCGACAAACUCUUCGAGAUCCGCAAGAAAUAUGACCUCUUCGUCGGCAACUCCUUCGACACCAUCUCUUCUACCGGUGCUAACGGUGCUACCAUUCAUUACAAACCCGAGAAGUCAACUUGCGCUAUCAUUGACCCGAAGGCUAUGUACCUGUGUGACUCUGGUGGCCAAUACCUUGAUGGUACUACUGAUACUACCCGAACUCUCCACUUUGGAGAGCCCACGGAGUUCCAGAAGAAGGCUUAUGCACUUGUUCUAAAGGGACAUAUCAGCAUUGACAAUGCCAUUUUCCCCAAAGGAACCACCGGAUACGCCAUUGACUCGUUUGCUCGACAGCAUUUGUGGAAGGAGGGUCUGGAUUACCUCCACGGCACCGGUCAUGGUGUUGGCUCAUUUUUGAACGUCCAUGAGGGACCUAUGGGCAUAGGAAGCCGUGCUCAGUACGCUGAAGUUCCUCUCUCUGCCAGCAAUGUUCUUUCCAACGGUAGGAUUUCUGCAUCUCAUCUUUCUUGA